GGCCCCUGCAGUGUGAGCCGAGCAUCUGGCGGAGUGCUGGCCGGCUGGUGUGGUGGAGGACGGGGAGAGAAGAAGAAGGAGGAUCCGGGAGCAAGCGACAACAAAAAGGGUCUGGCCUGGGACUUGGCAAAACGGGAUCAUCGAAGGUUCAUUGAAGGAUCGUCAUUUUUUUUGUUCCUUUGAUUUUAUUUCUCAUAUUUUGAAGCUUCUUCUGUUUUCCAUUGAGAAUAUCAUCCGUACGAUUUGCACUCUUGGCGAUGCCGUCCAACACUGUUGCCACCAACAACACCGCUGCAUUCCAAAGCUUAGACUACACCUGCGAUGCACCUGGGAACAGAAUGAGGGAGAGCACGAUACUGGACAAAGAGCUGGCACCAGAAGAGAAAUCCUCUAAAAGCAACACCAGCUGUAAAGAGGGCCGGCCUGCUGGGAGAAAACACAAGCAGAUCGCUGCGGAGGGCAGUGUGUCUGUGAAGGACAGUGUGCCCGGAGGCGGGGGCAACAGUCUCACCGGGGUGGCAGCGGAAAGAGAGAGAGUGUCUGUGGCGCAGGUGCAGAAUGGAGUCAUGAGCGGCGGGAACACAGACAGAGACAGGACCCAGGCUGAUGCCAGCAGCGGGCACACAGACAGAGACAGGACCCAGGCUGAUGCCAGCAGCGGGCACACAGACAGAGAUAGGACCCAGGCUGAUGCCAGCAGCGGGCACACAGACAGAGACAGGACACAGGCUGAUGCCAGCGGCGGGCAAACAGACAGAGACAAGACCCAGGCUGAUGCCAGCAGCUGCCCCAAGCAAGAGAGGAAAGGUCCAGAGAAGAACGGGUUACCAGAUGCCCCUGGUUCCCCUAGUGCCAGUCAGUCUGAAGACGGCCCCCCGGGACCACCCACCCUCCUGCAAAAGAGCCGGAGCCCCCCCUCCCUGGAGAACAGGUUUCUAGUGAGCCGGGAGCCGAGCCGGGAGCCGAGCCGGGACGAGCAGGACGACUCUGAGAAAGACAAAGAGGAGACUCUGACAACUCCGCCACGCAAGAAACGAGGCAGGCGGAAACUGGAGCGCCCAACAAAAUAUGUGGAGCAGAAGGAGGAUGGAGGUGAUACAGCCAAGAAACAGGGAGUUGGAGGCCCUGGGACAGGCAGGCUGCGUGGCUCCGUCAGUCUGCGUCAGAGGCCCAUUCCCAGAGUAACCUUCCAGGCCGGGGACCCAUAUUACAUUAGCAAGAGGACCAGGGAGGAGUGGCUGGCCAAGUGGAAGAUGGAGGCAGAGAAAAAAGCCCAACUGGUGUCAGUGUUGAACUUAAUGGAGGACCAUGAGGAGAUGGAGCCUGAGCCACAACAGAAAGAAGAGGUGUCAGUCAUCACACCCCACCAGCAACAACAACAACAACAACAGCAGCCCACGGACCCAGCGUCCCCGACUGUGGCCACCACACCUGAACCUGUCCCCAUGGCAGGAGGGGACACGACAUCCCCCAAGACUGCUGAUACUGAGCCGGAGUACGAGGACGGGCGGGAUUUCGGCAUUGGGGAGCUGGUGUGGGGGAAGCUGAGGGGGUUUUCCUGGUGGCCAGGUCGUAUUGUCUCCUGGUGGAUGACCGGACGCAGCCGAGCUGCCGAGGGGACACGAUGGGUCAUGUGGUUCGGUGACGGAAAAUUCUCAGUGGUGUGUGUAGAGAAACUGUUGCCUUUCAGUUCCUUCUCCAACGCCUUCCAUCAGCCCACCUUCAUCAAGCAGCCCAUGUAUAAGAAAGCCAUCUACGAGGUGCUACAGGUGGCUAGCACCCGUGCAGGCAAAGCCUUCCUUGCCUGUCCAGAGAGCGAUGAGACAGACACCUCCAAGUCAGUGGAUCUACACAACAACCAGAUGAUAGAUUGGGCUAUGACAGGCUUCCAACCCACCGGGCCCAAGGGCCUAGAGCCACCAGAAGAGGAGCGUAACCCAUAUAAGGAGGUGUACCCUGACGUCUGGGUGGAGCCAGAGGCGGCAGCCUACACGCCCCCUCCAGCCAAAAAGCCUCGCAAAAGCACAGCAGCCGAGAAACCCAAGGUCAAGGAGAUGAUUGAUGAGGGGACGAGAGAGAGACUCGUGUAUGAAGUGAGACAGAAGUGCAGAAGCAUAGAGGACAUCUGCAUCUCCUGUGGAAGUUUGAAUAUUUCCCGUGAACACCCUCUGUUUGCUGGAGGAAUGUGCCAGAGCUGUAAGAACUGCUUUCUAGAAUGUGCAUAUCAGUAUGAUGACGAUGGUUACCAGUCAUACUGCACCAUCUGCUGUGGGGGACGAGAGGUUCUCAUGUGUGGGAACAACAACUGCUGCAGGUGUUUCUGUGUGGAGUGUGUUGACCUACUUGUGGGGCCAGGUGCAGCACAGAUAGCUAUAAAAGAGGAUCCCUGGUGCUGCUACAUGUGUGAGAAGGGCCAGAAGGGAGUGUUCGGCCUGCUGGAGCGUCACACUGAUUGGCCCUGCCGUCUACAGCACUUCUUCGCUAACAAUCACGACCAAGAUUUUGAACAACCAAAGCUUUACCCUCCAGUCAUGGCAGAGAAGAGACAACCGAUUCGUGUCCUGUCACUGUUCGACGGCAUAGCAACAGGUCUGCUGGUGCUAAAGGAGCUGGGUAUCCAGGUGGAGCGCUAUGUGGCGUCGGAGGUGUGUGAGGACUCUAUCACGGUGGGCAUCGUCAGGCAUCAGGGACGCAUCAUGUACGUGGGCGACGUGAGGAACGUCACACGCAAACAUUUACACGAGUGGGGCCCCUUUGACUUAGUGAUUGGUGGAAGUCCGUGUAACGACCUCUCUAUUGUCAACCCAGCUAGGAAGGGUCUUUAUGAGGGCACUGGUCGGCUGUUCUUUGAGUUCUACCGCCUGCUGCACGAGGCUCGGCCCAAAGAGGGCGACAACCGACCGUUCUUCUGGCUCUUUGAAAACGUGGUGGCAAUGGGCGUCAGUGACAAGAGGGACAUCUCUCGCUUUCUAGAGUGUAACCCGGUAAUGAUCGAUGCCAAGGAGGUGACUGCUGCCCACCGUGCUCGCUACUUCUGGGGCAACCUGCCUGGCAUGAACAGGUUGGUGAGAGAACGGCCCUUGACGGCCAUGUUCACUGACAGACUAGACCUUCAGGACUGUUUGGAGCACGGCAGAACAGCGAAGUUUGGCAAAGUGAGGACCAUCACCACUCGCUCUAAUUCCAUUAAGCAGGGUAAAGACCAGCACUUUCCCGUCUUCAUGAACGAGAAGGAGGACAUUCUUUGGUGCACUGAGAUGGAGAGGGUGUUUGGCUUCCCAGUCCAUUACACAGACGUGUCCAACAUGAGUCGGCUGGCCAGGCAAAGGCUUCUGGGAAGGUCGUGGAGUGUACCGGUCAUCCGACACUUGUUUGCACCACUCAAAGAAUAUUUUGCCUGCGUUUAACAAGACUUGACUCAACAAGAUCACCUGCGUUUAACAAGACUUGACUUAACUAGACCAUCACAAACAUAGAACUAAUGUUGUAACCAGAAACAUGAGCAUUGGUGAAAUUAUACUACUCCCUGGUACCUGGAAUCAUUUCCCAGGCAAGCAAAACAUCAUGAAAGUAAAUAUUUCAAAUUAUUUCUUGUAAUUUGAAAUGUACUUCUUAUUCUAUUUAAUAUGUAUAUGUCAUUUUACCUUUUAGCAGUGUUAUCCAGUAUUUUUUUAAUUGAUUUAUUUGUGCAAGCUAUACUUGAGACAAGGCUUUCUUCUCAAGGCACUGAGAAAGAAGAAACUAGGAUCUGUGUGGCUUUUAGAAUAAGGACUAGGAUUGGAUGAUUGGAAAAGAUCUGAAAGAGAGUUGAUGAUACUGUAUGUACAGUAUGUACAGUGCCUUGCGAAAGUAUUCGGCCCCCUUGAACUUUGCGACCUUUUGCCACAUUUCAGGCUUCAAACCUAAAGAUAUAAAACUGUAUUUUU